GAAGUGAGUGAUCCUCCCCCGAACACAGGGCAGCUUCACUCCGCUCAGAGCCACAGCUUUAACUACAGCCCGGCUCUCAAGGUCCGGCUGUGUUCCAGCGGAGGCCAUGGUUGUGCCAAGGCCCGGCAGCAUUGACGGGGGGGAGCCGGAGCUCAGAGGGGCCCCAGAGUCGGCCAAGGCCCUCAAACACUUCCCCCCGUACGGCAGCAUGAGCGGGGGGCCCUCGGGGGACACCUGCCCCACGUGCCGGGGCACCGGGCGCAUCCCCAGAGGCCAGGAAGCCCAGCUUGUUGCUGUAAUACCGUGCAACGAUGUGCGGCUGAAGCCCAGACGCACGAAGCUGUACGUGUGCGUGUCCAUGGCCGGGUGCCUGCUGCUCUGCUGCCUCAUCCUCUUCUUCUUCUUCCCGCGGAGCGUCACCCUCAAGCCGGUGUCGGUGCUGUCUGUGAUGGUGUACUUCUCCCCCGGCACCGUCGACAUGAAAGUCACGAAUCUCAUCAACAUCACCAACGAGAACUUUGUCCCGGUUCAGAUCGCCGAGUUCAGCAUGCAGGGUCUGGUCGCCCGCACGGUCAUGGGUAAGACCAGGAUAACCAACAUGACCGCCCUUGAGCCCCGCUCGCAGAGAUCGUACACCAUUCACCUGGACCUGUCGCUGAAGGACAGCGGCUUGGAGACCUACUGCAAGUCAACAACCAUCAAGAUUCACACGUUAUUUCUGGAGCUGCAGAUGACCAUGAAUAUUUCCUACCUGUCUCACAUCGAGCAGCUGUCUCUGGACACCUUCGAGUAUAUCGACUGUGGCACCAACUCAACCGUCCCACAUCCUGUGAGAUGAUGGACGUGAAGAUGGAGGCGGCGCCGAGCCGUCGUCCUUCUGAAAACGGAUCUGAGCAUGUGAAUAAUGAGUUCUGGUAGAAUCCACGUCCCUCUGAGUCCGUUCUGGCCGACUGCGAGACGUCAAUCAAUCACUACAAUGUUAUCAUGUGAGAAUAUUUACGCAUCUCCAGCAUAGACGGUGUUGGCACUUUGGACUUUUAUUUGUAAAUACAUCUAAUUGGCAAAUAAUUUUGUUAUAUAUGUUUAUGUAUUUUUUUAAGGAUUGAAAUCUGAUUUCUUUAUUUUAAUGUGUGUGUAAGAGUUGAUCUCAUAUACAUAUGUCAUUUGCACUUUAUUAAAUUGUGACCGUCCCGGUUCUA